AUGGCGGCGGGCGAGGGCGGCGGGCGAGGGAACGGCGAGCGGGCGAGGGAGCGGCGGUCGUCGGGCCGACGACGAGCAAGCUGGGAACGAAGCGAGGCGGCGGCGACGCACACGUACGUCGGCCGACGGCGCGCGACGACGGAGGCGGCAGAGGCGGCGUGCGAGGGCGGCGAGCGAGGGCGGCGUCGAUGGCGGCGGGCGAGGGAGGCGUCGAGGGCGGCGGCGUCGAGGGGCAGCCUGACGGCGUCGAGGGGCAGUCGUCUAAGGAUCGCCGCACGUGGUCCCCUAUAUAUUCGCGCGACGCGAAACGGCCGCGCAUUCUUCUCCAUCGCGCCGAAGACACAGACGCCCCCGCCGCCCGCCGAAGACGACGAGCGCCGUCGGGCUACCCUCCCUCGCCGCCCGCCGUCGUCCCUCGCCGCCCUCGCAUCGACGUCGGCGCCCCUUGCGCAGGUCUCUCUCUCCGCCGGCGCGCUCUCUCCCCGCGGCCGCCGCAUGCCGCGCGCACACAUCGCCGCCGCGCGCACAGUCAUCCCUCGCCGCCGCGCGCCGGCCUUCUGUGUAUGUUUAUCGCGGCGCCGCCGCACGCCGUACUCAUCGCCGCCCGGCCCGCGCGGCGCCGUGUGCCCCGCCGGCCCCCUCGCGCGCGCAGCAAACAGAGAGAGAGAGAUCGAGGAGGGGGCGCGCUAG